GGUCAUACAAACCAAACGCCACGCCUACCUUUACCAAAGCGCGUAUAAAUGUUUAUUUCGAUGUUAAUUCUGAAUUAUGAAAUGGUUUUAGAAGCACUACCACUAUAUAUAUCUCACCUCUAACCCCACACUUUUCUUCAUUUCAACCAACCUCUUUCUGUUCUAUAUAUCAACUUCUUUCUUUCCUCUUCAUUUGUUUCUGCUUUUUUUUAGUUUUUUAUAAGCGGCUCUGGGUACUGGAGUUUAGAGAAGAAUAAUAUAGGGAGCAAUGCAGGCAAGUCCACUUCUUUCUUUGUCUCCAAGCUCUCCGAGCUUUAACAGCUACUCUUCAGCCAAUUUUGCAGAGAUUGCAGCGAGAGUUGUUGAAGAAUUCAGGAAAGAAUCUGACUUGGAUUCGAGUAUUUAUGAAUGGGAAACUGAGAGUUUGUUUUCAGAAGAACGAGAACAAGAUGAUACUUUUUCUGACAAGAACGUGCAGGAUUCCAAUAAGAAUGUCCAAGAUGAAGAAGAAGAAGAAGAAGAAGAAGAAGAAGAAGAAGAGGAAGAAUUUGAGUUUGCUCUUGUUUGUAGAAGACCUGACUCUCCUAUCUCGGCUGAUGAGAUCUUCUGCAACGGUCAAAUAAGGCCAAUCUACCCCGUUUUCGACACAUCUUUGCUCUUAAACGACACCGACAUAAAUCAAAACACUGAAAACAACAACUCUUCAUCAACUAGGUCAUCAUCGUCAUCGAAAAGCUCCCAUCGCUUACCGCUUGGAAAGCUUAUGAGUGAAGAACGGGAGAGUACAACUUCUUGUUCAUCAUCUGAAGCUGAGGAUCUCGACAAUUUACAGCCGGGAACCUACUGUGUGUGGACACCAAAGGCUAAUUCUCGUCAUCAAGACUCACCGGGAAGGUCAUGCAAGAAGAGCAAUUCUACCGGAUCUUCAAAGAGAUGGAAAUUCAGAGACUUUCUUUACAGAAGUAACAGUGAUGGCAAAGAUACAUUUGUGUUCUUGGCACCAAACAAGAAGACUAGUGAUAAAAAAGUAGCGGCUGAAGAGAGCGGUAAAGAAAACAAGGGGAAGGUCAAAGUUGUUGAAGAGCAUUAUGUGAAGAACCACCAAGCCAUUAAAGAGGAAGACAAAAAGAAGUCUUUUUUGCCUUAUAGGCAGGACUUGGUGGGAUUUUUCAAUAAUGUUAAUGGCCUGAGCAGAAAUUUGCAUCCGUUCUGAGUUCAUCAACAUUUCAAAGGUGGCUUAUUUCUUCUUCUUCUCCACUUCCUAUGUGAGUAUAAUAUAAGUCUACUGGUGACUUGUUAGAAUUUUUUUUUUUUUUUUCCUUUUUUUCUUUAUAAAGAUAAAAUAUAUAUGAAUAUUAUUAGUGGGUUUAAACUUUAAACCAAAGUCAAGUUUUCUAAUUUUAUGUAAAUAUGAGUGGUUUAUCUCUGUUUUUUGUUUGUAUUUGUGUUUACAUUUUGAGAGGAGAAGAAUAUACAGGAAUGGGGUUUCUGUAAA